AUGUUGUUCCGUUCUCUCGGCCUGGCCUCCGUGGCUGCCGUGGCUGCCCAGGCUUCUUCCGCGAACACUACAUGCACCGGAGGAACCGGCGCGGCUCCUCGUUAUGUCAUGUACUUUGACCAAUACCACACCGCUGGAAUUCCGGACAAGUCUAUCAUCUCAGACGUCACCCAUGUAAUCACCGCUUUCGCAAACUCGUCCCUAUUUGCCUCGAAGCCGGCUGGUGAAUAUAAGCCCUUCAAGCCCCUGAACGAGAUCCGUGCUUUGUUCAACAACGGAACCAAGGUCUGCAUGGCCAUUGGCGGAUGGGGAGACAAUGAUGGGUUUGGUCAAGGUCUUGCCACCAACGAGAGCCGCUACAAUUUCGCCAAGAACGUCGCAGAUACCGCGGUCGAACUUGGAUACGACUGUGUCGAUAUCGACUACGAGUACCCAGCAGGCAAUGGAGCGGAUUAUCGCCAGAAGCCAAACAGCCAGAAGACGUCAGAGAUCAACACUUUCCCUCUGCUCUUGUCUGCCAUCAAGACGCAGCUGAAGCACCACAAGAAGGAGCUUUCCCUCACUGCCCCGGGCCUCGAGCGCGACAUGAUUGCCUUCACCAAGCACCAAACCCCCAAGAUCAGCGCCGCUGUUGACCACUUCACCGUCAUGACCUAUGAUUUCAUGAACCGCCGCGACAACAUUACCAAGCACCACACCGACGUCAAGACCUCGCUCGAAGCCAUCGACAACUACAUCGCUCUCGGCGUCGAGCCCGCCAAGAUCAACCUCGGUUUCGCCCUGUACGCCAAGUGGUUCACCACCGCAAAGGGCUACAACUGCACCCAGGGUCUCGGCUGCCCCACCGAGCUCCUCGAGGCCGCCGACGGCACCGAUACGGGUCUGUCCGGCACCGUCACCUUCGAGACUGCCAACUUCCAGAGUGCCCCCACCAACCUGACCACGUCUCUGGACGGUUCCUGCGGUGCUGGCACUUUCUACAAGUGCUCCACGGGUAACUGCUGCUCCCAGUACGGAUUCUGCGGCGACACUGCUGCUCACUGCGGCAACGGCUGCCAGUCUGACUACAGUAUUUGCAACGGCACCUCCACUCUCUCUUCCUUCCAUACUGCCAUUGCCAACAGCAAGACCGACGAGGUCAAUGGUGGCCAGUGGUAUUGGGAUGCCGCCGGGCCUUUCUUCUGGAGUUUUGACACCCCUGCUCUUGUCACCCGCAAGUUCAAUGAGAUUGCCAAGGCUCGCGGCCUCGGUGGUGUCGCUGUGUGGAGCUUGGGCGAGGAUUCGUACGACUUCAGCCUUCUUAAGGCCAUUCAAGCUGGCGUGAAGGCUUGGUUCUAG